CCCGACAGCGUCCCAGUCGCACGUCAUGUCUAUUGCGUUCUUUUAGCCAACUUCCCCCCACUCUGUUAGGGCCCCCCUCCCCCCUAUAAUAUAUUUCCAUCUAUUUCGGGGUAGUGUGCGUUUGUGUGUGUGUGCGAGUGUGUCUAUAGCUUUUUUUUUUUCCUUUUUUUUCUUUUUUUCUCACUUUUUCCGUCUGUACACAUUUUUCUAUUCGUGGGUGUGUAUUGUACCCAGCCUCCUGACUCGUUGUCCCACCUGGUUCCAACUGUUUUGAAUCGACCGUUUCCAAAGUCGAGAGGAUUUGCUGACAAAUUUCGACAACUCUUGUGCUGAAACGUUUGAAAUCCAGUUAAAAAGUGAGGUCUUGAUUGACAAAUUAUCGGGGUCAUAACGAAAGAGCCAGGAUUAUAUUGAAAAAAUUCAAAAAAAAAAAUCAAAACAAAAGCGAAAACAAACAUAUCAUUUGGAAAAGGAACUGAACGCAUUUACAGGCUCGUCAGUGCGCGUGUGACAUUUACAAUUGGUUCGAGUUCGUUUUGAUUAGACGUAGUCUAACCAGCAAUCCGGAAUCGAGCACCACGUUGCAUCGCGGCUUGUUUGGGGAAAACGGACUGGGCUCGUUAAUUCAAUCAACACGUCGGAGAAGAAACCAGUCCAAUAAUUGCACGGCUGGCGAACCGAGUGUCUUCGAACAACAAGCAAGCUUGACGCCAAUCGAAAGUUUACCAUUUGACAAGGUGUAUCGCCUUCGCCGUCCUUUAUUAAUAAUUCAAUCAAGAAAAGCCAAAAAAACGCGGACAGCUGGCAGCCGUUUCGAUCUACAGCGCCGUUUUUGUUGUUGUUUUGUUCCAAAACCCAUAGCCGUUCAUUUUAAGAAAAGAAGGAACAAUGGCAGCUUUCAUAUUGUCACCUGAACGGUGGAGGGAAUUGUCAGCGGCUUCGUCGCCCGUCGCGGCCGUCGCUGACGGCCAACAGCAAACGCCUCAAGCCGUUGGAGCGGGCAUUCGUCGACGUAUCAGUCGGGUCUUUUACGAGGCUCAUCAUACUCCAGUAUCCUCGCCAGUGGCUUUAAAUUUGCAUCAUCACUUAGCGGCCGGAGGUGUCGGAUUGGCUGAUGCGAUGGACGUGGCCGAAGACGAAGACUUGGCCGCAGCUGCUGGUGUCAUCGCGGCUCACGUUGAACGUUUCCUGCCGCAACGGAGAUCGCCCGGACAGAGGAGCCAAGAUUCCGGUUUCUCUGGUUACUCUGGCGAUUCGGCCAGCGAAGGGUCGGCCGCCUCUAGCACGAACUCCCCAGUUCCGGCGGCGUCCGGUAGCAGCAACGUGUCGCCGGCCACCAGCGCCGGUAAGCGUUCGCCUUUAUCCGAUCCGGAAGCGAUCGAACGCGCCUUACUAGCCGAACCUGUCGCUCCCAGAGUGCUGGAAACGGACCUGGACGCUGCCACGCCGGCCAGGUUACACGUCAGCCGCAUUUACAUUCAGGGAACGAGCGCGACCGAAUCUACGGCCGCCGUUGCUAAUUUGAAUUUGCGCGACGUCCUCUGCGAAAAGAAUAUUCAGCCGGUCAACCUGUCGGGCAGUCGGGAAUCGUCGUCGACGUCGCCCGAUAAGUGCGUCGGAGACAAGAGUCCCAUCAGCGUCGUGCUGGCCAACAAUCAGACGACGGCGACUUGCAUUCACAGCCGCAACAACAACAAUUACAAUCACGAAGCGGACCGUUCUGGCGAUAGCCAAACGGCAUUGCUGCUGGAACACAAGAGCAUCGUGCCGCCUUCGUCCAUGCGGCCGAAUCUGAGCUGGAAGAAAUUGAGCGAAUCAUUCCGGAGGGUCAUCAGUUCGGGCCGGAUGAUGACGGCAUCGUCGGCGGCAACGUCGCAAAGCUGUCUGCCUACCGUGGCCGACCUUGACGAGUCGUUCACCGACGAAGAGAAGAGUCGCAUGUUGCUGCUGGGCAAGCGCACCAACUUGCGCCGCAUCAAAGCGGACAACGAGCAUCAACAGCAGCAGCUGAACGGCGACAAGGACGAGGAGGAAGAAGAGGAAGGAAGGAAUGGCACGAACCGCGUGACAAUAAUGGCCGAAAGUCCUCAACCGACCAGCCGCUAUUUGAGCGGACCGAGGAGUUCCACGCCGCGCAAAACGCUUCCGGCAGAGGGACGCAACCACCGGCGGACGGCAGUGGCGGUGGCUUCGAGCGCCGCUUCCACCGCCAACGCCAACCAAAUCAACAACAACAAACAGCGCCAGUGCUCCCGUUUGAAUGAGGAACGGCCGCGAGUUCACUGGGCCGACAUCGACAACCACCCAGUUGUCAAUAGCAACGAGAACUUGGCUGACGGCCGCCGCAAGCAACCGCAAGCGAGACCAGUCAAUGGCCAUCUGGCCACCGUCGUGACCUCGUCGUGGCCGGAUAAUAGCACGUGGGACUCGGACACGCCGUCGCUGGAAAUCGGCCACCAGGUCAUCCAGAGCCACCCGCCUACCGUGACACCUCAGCUCGUGCAUCAGCCGGCCAGCGGUCCGCUUCCGGUGGAGCAGAAGAAAAUCAGACGCGGACUUCGGAUGGGCGUCGGCGUCGAUCGUUCGCUCAACUGCACAGCGCACGUUCGCAAGCCGAUUCAACCUCAGCCGGUCGUGGCUCCAUUGGUCAACUUCCACCCCCAACCGAUGAUCAUUCCGGCUCCGGCGGAAUUCCGUUCCAUCCUUCCUCAUCAGCAGCAGCAGCCAUCCCCAACCGGCCUCAGGUGGAGCCCCGUCGAGGCCUGGCUCAAAGACUUGCCCAUGUUUUAUCAGCCGGAGUCAACUUGCGCCCUUCAGAACAAGGCCAUCCAGCAACAGCAGCUGAAAGAAGAGCAACAACAACAACAGCGGCGCAGUUCAUCAGCCAGCUGGAUGACGGACGACAGCUCAAGCAGCGCUGAUGGCAGCAGCCAACUCUUGUCGCUACACCACCAAUCGGACGACGAGGAUCGCACGUACAGCAUGACGGUCACGGCCCGUGCCCAGGUGAGGCGGCUGCAGCGCCGCGCUCACCUCAUCUCUACCGAAUUCGCUCAACUUUGCUCAUUCAUCGAACUCUACGAGGAAUCGAAAUUGGCUUCUUUGAUUCCGCUCUUCCUUGCUCACGUUAUCCAAUUCAUCCGCGAAGCGGAAUUGGCAGUGCUGAGCGAUCCCUGCGGCGAAAUGGAAAGCAAGCGGACGGAGGGCAGCGAAGAAUUGAUCCAGUCGCUCCGACAGACGUGCACUCAACUCGUGCAAAUCGUCACUUUCAGCGCCCGUCCACUUUACAUGAUGACGUCAGAGCCGUCGCUGAUGUUGGAUGCUGGCAUCGAAUCAGUCCCGCUGCCCUUGCCCGUCAACUGGAGUCUGGCCCGUCAGAUAACGGCCAAACUUGGCCAAGUCUUUGUUUCCAUCGUCGACACCUUUGUCGGAAGAGAAAUCGAGGUGUUGACGGCAGCACUGAAGAGCGGUAAGUGCGUGUCGGCUGCCAAACUAGCCGCCAAUUCGCUCAUGUCUCUGGGAUCGGAUGCAGCCAGACCUGCUCUUCGGCCUCUUAUCGAAGCGUUCCAGGUGGUCCACUUGCGGCCCGUACGCGCUGACCUGCUGCGAGCUCUCGCUGCCCUCUGCUCUUCGGCAGACAUUAUACAAGAAUUCGAAACGUGCGCAGGUUUGACAGUGGUCUUCGACAUUCUUUGCAACCCACGCAGUCAGGCAGACUGCGAGGAGAAAUCUGAAGCGGCUGGUCUGCUAGCUCAAAUCACAUCUCCAUGGCUGGAUCCACCCAUGGAUGACGCUCAAGCCGGAAUGUGUGGCACCAACGGAGAUUUGCAACCCAAUCCCAAUGGUGCAUGGCCAACUCUUCAUCUAACGCCUUACAUUUCGUCGUUCAUAGCUGCCUUGACUGAGCUGAGCAGCCAAACGGAGACAGAAGAGACGCUGCUCUUGUCGACGGCCGCUUUGGCUAAUUUGACUUUCAGUCACUCGGAAGCCGUCCAGCUCAUGACAAAAUAUCGUACAGCUCAAGUCCUAGUCCAGGCUACCAGUUUCCGCAAAGAACUGUCCGUCUUCAUUCAAGAUCAGAUUGCUACAAUCCUGGCCAACAUGGCGGCCGUCUAUUCUGCUAGAGCAGAGUUGGUGUCACACGGCGCCCUCGUCACACUGGUCAGUUUCCUGCAAUUGAGGCCGUCUCCGAUGCAACGUCCGGCUGAAGUCACAGCCUCUGAAAGAGUGCUGAAAAAGUCGGCCAUCGCUCUCUCACGGGUGUGCGGUGAGGAGAAUGCCGCCCGUCAGAUCGUCGAUUUGGAGGGCAUUGAACGACUGGCUCAACUGGUUCGAGAUCCUCGUGAGAGGAAUUAUUCGGACGGAGUAUUGGUCGCCUGUUUGGCUGCUUUGCAUAAAAUAGCCACAGCGUGCGGAACGGAGGAAGUGGAUCGUCGUGGCGCCUCCGACUUGAUUGAAAAUCGACUCCUCGACGUGUUUCUCGAAUAUUCAUCGCGACCAGAGAGCUACGUCUGAUGGAGAUUUCCUUUCGUUUUUGAAUAUAUUUGGAAGAGUUUUUGUUGUGCCCACUUAGUCUGUUUUGUCUUGUCUUGUUUUGUCUCUGCUUCGCGAAGAGACGAACGAAGCAGAGAGACAACACGAUACAAGAAAAUGUGUGAGAUUCGUCCUUCUUUCCUCUGUCCGAUUUCGUAAAAUUAUCGAAUCAUUCCAAAAAGUCGCAUAUAUAUCAGCAUAUAAAUGAAAAAAUUUCUACAUUUUACAAACUCCCAAUUCUAUUUCUUUUAAAGUCGUAGCAAGAUACAUUGUAAAGCGCUUGGAUUUUCUAUUAUUUGUGACACAAGAAAUUCUACUGUUGUACAUUGCAACUCCUCCCCUCCUCAAAAAGAAUACAUUUUGAACAAUC